AUUCUAUUUCAAUAAGAACAUUAGGAGUUAUGGAAGCAGCUGAAAGUAAUGAUGAUGUUGAUUUGUUUAAAAAUAUACGAUAUUACGUUGUUGGCGAGCUACCACAAUCGACGAAGGACAUUUUAUCUAAAGCGAAAUCAGAAUCCUACUUAUCAGCAUUAGCAACUCAUGUAUUGGUGACGAAUCCCGAUCAUUAUGAAGUGGAAGCUGCACGAGAUAUUUGGCAAAUUCCCACUGUAACUCCACGUUGGGUGGAGCUAAGUCACAAGUGCAAUACAUUGUUACCAACUAACGGUUUCUCACCAAGUGUAAACCAACUCUUCAUCGGUUUUGUUUUUACAUUUUCCAACCUUGUAAAAGCAGAUAAAGCUUCAUUAUGGAGUAUGGUAACAUACCAUGGUGGAAAGUGUCAAACAAAGCUUGACAAACAUUGUACGCACCUCGUCACAGCUGAACCAUCUGGGGCAAAAUACACACAAUCCCUGAAGCAUGAAAAUAUAUCAAUUGUAGCUCCAGACUGGAUCACAGAUUGUAUCAAGUUAAACACAAAAUGUGACCCAGCAUUUUACCAUCCUAAGCUAAACACAGUUGCAACAGUAAAGCAAGUGCCAGAAUCUGAAGUCACCAAAGUUGCUGCGAAAACCAAAGCAAUAAAACUAACAACUCCUACUGCAGAAACUCCUUCAAGAAUUCAACACCCAACACCACCUGCAACCCAGCAAAAGCAAGUUCCAAUUCAAGAACAAGUGAUGACAGCUCCUCAUUCAAGUAACCGAUCACCAAUGAAUAUCAACAACCCUAAAGUGAAGGCCAUGGAAAUGCAAAACCAGCAACAGAUCAAAACAGAACACCAAACAAACCUGCAUAUGCAACCUGGAGCCAACCAACCAAGGUUCCCGAUGCAAAACCACCAAAUCCCGCCAUCUAUGGUCCCCGCACACAACAUGAUGCCUUCAACACAUAACUACAACAUGAUGAAUGCUCAGAACUUUGGAAUGGUCAAUCAACAACAACAACAACAACAACAAAUGAUGAUGAGUCCUGGUGAUCCAAUGAUGGCGAUGAAUCAUCAACAGUUCAUGAUGAUGUCCCCUCACGUGAGACCAACCACCCCAAGCCCACGACGUGGUUCGACCGGUGGUAAAAAGAAGAAGAAUGUUCCGCAACAAGUGGCUCGGCCCACCACCCCACACAACAUACGACCCCCUCAACAUUUCCCACAGAACCAACUCAUGUUUUCGCAUCAGAUGCAUCUACAGAAUCGAAUGCCGGGCAGUGUUGACCACCAAGCGAUGAUGCAGAGCAGUGAUGCCAAACAAAAUCUGCAACAACCUGGUGCUGGUAUCCCAGGAAGGCAUCUAAACCCCGUGGCAAUGCAACAAGGGGAGAACUUUCAACUUAUGCAGAUGCAGCAACAGCAACAACAACAACAACAACAAAUGAGAAUGAACUUAAUGCACCAGACUUCCCCUCGACCCCAUGUUAACACCAUGGACCAAAAAUGGCCACGUACGAGCAUGGAUCAGGGCUUUGUACCCGGCCACCACCAACAGAUGUUCCCCAACCCACAACAACAAUCACCAAACCUUGUUUACUCGCAAAACCAAAUGAUCCGGCAACCAAACCCAACUGUAAUGAACACUCAACCAAACCAAAUUUCUCACCAGCAACAGCAAUACAACAGCAUGAUGAUGAAUAGACAGGUGAACCCACAGCAAAUGAUGUACCAGCAGAGGUCGCCAAACACAAUGAACGCGAAUCGCUUCCCGACCUCCACCUCGCUCGAGGCAGCGGGCAUGUCCGGGAUCUCCCCGAUAGCUCUGCAGGAAGGUUUAAUGAAAGCAGCGCAAACACGUCCCGACCAACCUGCCCUCAUCCAUCCUAGUUUGCAGGGAACUUUAUUCCCCAAAGGUGAAGCUGUUCCGCCUGCAGGACAAAACACACCAGGAACAGCCACCAAAAAACGAGGAAAAUCGAGGAAAAAAAUUGAUGGAGGGGAAGAAGAAGUGAAGCCGAGGUCUCGACAGAGAACGACGAAAGCUAAGAAAGGGCAAACCAUCCAAACACCAAUGACACCAACCAAUAUGAUGCAAACCUCACCUGGUGCUCAGUUUACAAACAUGCCACAAUUCCCAUACCAGAUGCCUGGUCAAGCAGUACCUCCAACUUCACCCGGCCGCGCCCCCCACACUCCCCACCAAGCGAUGAUGUCACAUAUGGCGGUUCACCCAGGGAACUUCCCCACCACCCCUCACCCCCCUCAUCUACAAUCCCCCACAAUGCAUCAGUAUCCACGGAAACCCAAUCCCCCCAUGAUGGCGACAUCCAACAUUCCCCCCGAAGCUCAUCAAUGGCCGCCUCAACAGUUCCUUAACACGAACAACAACCCUGAAAGUCCCAAAGUUGCAUCUUUGUCUCAAACGCCAAUGGUUGAUCCUCAGCCACAAGCCAACAAAAUGGAAUUUCCAGCUAAAAUUGCUGAAGAACCAAUAGUACCAGCAAGACGACCGUGUAUUGACCCACUGGCUUGCCAAAUAAAGGAGUUAGACACACGCUACAUGUGCAGGGACCCAGCUGUCAAAGUGACGCCCGAGUUGUGUCUUCUUGGUUGUGUGUUUUAUAUUUUCGAGUACGAUGAAGUUUUGACAGACUUGUCGGUCAUCGAUACGUGGAAGAAGAUGAUUGGAAAAUAUGGUGGAGUUGUAGAGAACACUUACACCUCAUCAUGUACUCAUGUUAUUUGUCUCACAUGCACAACAGCUUUGUUCAGACAAGCCCUGAUGGAGGGGAAGAGGUGUGUGACAAUAUAUUGGUUGAAUGACGUUCUACAGAUUCGUAAUUUACGAGUUCCAUGGUUAGCCCUUCACCUUCCAACUCAUUUUUCACAUAAAUCCAAACCUGCUACAAACCAUGUAUGUUUUUAAAGAAUAUUUUUCACCAACCAG